AUGCAGGACAAUCACUGCCAAAGAUCUGAGGGUCCCAGGCUCCGGCUUGACCAACUGGUGCUACCAAAUGUAACAGGACCGACUGCCUAUUACUUGCUUGCGCUUAAUCUGCAAGGAAAUGAUUUGGGGGUUGCUGAGAAAAAAGUGUAUAAAUAA